UUGGUUUUUACUCUCUCACCGGGGAAAGCUUCCGAGUCUUCUUCUUCUUCUUCUUCUCUCCGUCGUGUCGUAAGAUUCUUUCACUCGUAUCGCAGAGAAAAGCUACGGCGAUAAUGCUGCGGAAGUCUGUUCUCGAGCUGGCUUCGCGUUUGUCAACUAAGAGGUAUCCGAGCAAUUUGGUAGCUCAGAGGUUUCAUUUGACUUCUUUGAGAAAUGCAUCUACUUCUGGUAAAAACGGUCUCCCUGGAGCUAAACCCGUUGGGAAACAAGAUGCCUCAAAAGUUGAUCCAUCAAAAGUGACUCCUCCUUUGGGGAAACCAGAUCACUCUAAAGGUAAUUCUUCUAAAGUGGUUAUCGGAGGUGUUGUUGCAGCCGUUGGUGCUGCUUCUCUCGUAGCGUAUCAGACUGGGUAUUUGGAUCAGUAUCUGGUGAAAGAACAGGAAAAAUUAAGUGAGCGAAUCCACUCUGAUGCCGUUACUGAAAAACUUGAUGAGGCUCAUCGUUUUAGCGUACCUUCCGGUGUUGAAGAUUCUACUGAAAAGGAUGGUAAAGUUGAAUCGCAACCUCAAGUUACUCCUCAUUCUGAAGCUUCUGGGGGAAUGCAGGUUGACGUAGAAGGGCAACCUGAGUCUGAUCUAUCAGAUGAACGUUUUACAUAUAUUUCUUCUAACCAAGAGGAAACAACGCCUCAAGAAAGUGUUAUUGAUAGAGUAGAGACAAGCUCGCCUACUUCUUCAGAUGAUAACUCUGUAUCUGAAGAUUCGACAACUAAGUCUGAUAUGCCCAAGGCAGAAAGUGUGAAGUUGGAAGCGGCACCAAAACCUGAGGAUAGUACUGUUGUUAGUUUCCAGUCUAGUUCGGCUCAUAGAGAAAGUGAAACAGAAUCUGCUUCACCAAAGGAUCCUGCCACUGAAGAGGCACCUGAGGAUGGCAUUGAGCGGGAAGUACAAAUACCAGGUUCUCUCCUUAAGGAAUACAAUCUAGAAGGCAGCGAUACUGAAAGCAGUGAAUCUCCAUCAUUCGGGGAGCAAAUAACUAAAGAAACUGAGGCUCUUCCUAACUCUGUCGAGGGGAUGAAAGAUGGUUACAUGACUGAAGACGGAAAGUUGGUACUUGAUUUUCUGGCUGCCAUUCAUGCAGCUGAGAAGCAACAGGCCCAUUUAGAUGCACAAGUUUUUGCUGAAGAAUUACGAGCCUUGAAGGAAAAGUACGAAAAUGAGUUGAGAGACCUUAGGGCGCGUGAGCUAAUGCGUAUAGAGGAGGCAGCAAUAUUGGAUAAGGAGCUAAAAAGAGAAAGAACAAAAGCAGCAGCUGCCAUCAAGGCAAUCCAGGAGAGAAUGGAAGAUAAGCUCAAAACUGAAAUUGAACAAAAGGAAACUGAAGCACAGUUGGCUUUGAGUAAAGCUGAAGAAUUGGCAAAAGCUGAAAUGAUUUCGGCAAUUGCAAAAGAAAAGGCAGCACAGAUUGAGAAAAUGGCAGAGGCAGAUCUUAAUAUAAAGGCACUGAUUAUGGCAUUCUAUGCGCGCUCUGAAGAGGCUCGCCAAAGUCAUUCAGUUCACAAGCUUGCACUGGGUGCACUUGUGCUGGAUGAUACACUCUCCAAAGGACUGCCAAUCCAAAAAGAAAUCAAUAUGCUUCAGACUUACCUUGAAGGGUCUGAUAAGGAUUCAAUCCUAGGCUUGGUGUUAUCAUCUCUCCCAGAAGAAGCACGAACCAAUGGAACAGACACAGUGCUACAACUGAAUCAGAAGUUUGAUACUUUGAAAGGAACACUUAGACACUUCAGUCUCAUUCCACCUGGUGGUGGAGGAAUCUUAGCACAUUCUCUAGCUCAUAUAGCAUCAUGGUUAAAGUUCAAAGAAGUGGAUCAAGCAGAUGGAGGCAUCGAAACUGUAAUAAAAAAGGUAGAUAAUUACUUGGCGGAAGGAAAACUAGCAGAAGCAGCAGCAACACUUGAAGAAGGUGUUAAAGGAAGUAAAGCAGAGGAAAUUGUGAGUGACUGGGUGCAACGUGCAAGAAACAGAGCCAUUACAGAACAAGCUGUUACUCUUCUCCAAUCUUAUGCAACCUGUGCUAGCCUCACUUGAAUCCCUCCCUGAUCUUCCAUUAAGGUACAUUGGUCUCUCUUUUUGUUUUGAUUUUGAAAUUACUCAGAUUCAUGGAGUUACAAUCAAUGUGCGGGAAGUAGUACCAACACCCUUUUUUUUUGGUCUGCGGAAGAAUUACGAUUUUAUAUUCCAAUGUUUAUGUCUAAAUCACAAUGUUUACGCGAGAGAUGUUAUCUGAGUUAGAAUGUUACAGAAGUUUAAAUCAAAAUAAUCUCACGAAUAAUGACCUUUUUUCC